AUUUGCCAUAGAAUUAUAUAUUUUGGUUAUUUAUUAAUUUUUUUAAAAUUCUUUAUGCUUAAAACCGUCUGUAAAGAUUCACAUAUAAUAAAAAUCCUGAAAAUUUUAUUAAUCAAUCUAUCGAUAUAAUUUGAAUUAUCUCCUUCCAACUGCCAAGUCCAGAGUUCCAAACCAGAGUCAGACCCCAGAAGCAUACAUUUGAUAGUUGACAAAUAGUGAAACCAGUCCAGUUAAUCAGCCUUAACCAAUUUUUCUGUUUCACUCAGUAUUUUUAAAUGAAAGUUCUAUUGGUAUAUCAGUUCUGAUAUUUUGUUUUAAAGAAUGGGUGUUAAAGAUCUGUGGUCAAUUUUGUCUCCUGUCUGUGAAAAAAAGUCAUUGUGGGAACUGGAAAACCAGUCUAUUGCAAUUGAUCUUAGCGCUUGGAUAUGCGAUUCUCAAAAUGUAACAAGGACAUCACCACACAUCAAUAUGUAUCUCAGAAAUUUGUUUUUCCGGACGAGCUAUCUACUUUUGCUAGGAGUGAAACCUGUGUUCGUCUUAGAAGGAGACGCACCGGAGUUGAAGGCAGCCACGAUGCAGAAAAGAAUGGGAAAAGGCGAGGAGGGUUCGCAAAAGGCAGGCUCUUUCACGAGGGCGAGGCUGAAAGGGCUUCAGAAGCAGUGUGUCGAUCUCUUGUCACAUAUGGGCAUUGCUUGCGUCAGAGGCCCAGGUGAAGCCGAGGCGUUCUGCGCUCACCUGAAUGAGCAAGGAAUUGUUAGUGGAGUCAUUACUCAAGACUCAGACGCUUUUCUCUACGGCGCCAGGGAAGUAUACCGGCACUUUCAAAUGGGGCCGAGUUACACAUGUGACUGUUACAGAAUGGAUACAAUUGAACAGAAACUGUCACUUUCCAGGACCAAAUUAAUAGGAUAUUCGAUUUUAUGUGGAUCUGAUUACAACAAUGGUGUUAGUAAACUUGGGAAGCAGUCCGCCUUGAAAUUUCUGAAAAGCAUUGAAGAUAAUCAAGUUUACCAAAAGUUCAUCCAAUGGAGGAAUAUAACGUGUUUUGAUGAAUUAAAAAAUGAUAAAUAUAUCUCUAGUGAUUUACAGUUUGAGUUGAUUAUAAGAGAAAAAGCCCUUAAGGAUCCAGGUUUUCCUCAUCUGGAUGUAAUUGCAGAGUUCACAACCCCACCAGAGAAGGUUGAUUUCACAUGGAACUGGUCGAAGCCUGAUUUGCACAAGUUUCUUGAGUUCGCGAUGUCAAAAUUGGCUUGGGAUGAGGAGUACGCUUUAGACAAAUUCAUUCCGUUGAUGGGACGCUGGCAUCUACUGCAUCCACACAUGGAGACUCUUAUUUUUGUGAAAAGCAUUCAAGGAUGGCGAAAAAAAAAUGAAGCCGGUUCAAGUUUUAAAGUUGAAUGGUCAUUGAAAGGGCAUGACAUAAAGCCGUUGUCAACUUGGGAACUUGAAACGAAUGUAAAUCAAGAAUAUUCUUCACUAGUUGAAUCGUAUAAAGAUAGUAAAAAGAAAAAAGCAGUAAAGUCAAAUACUGAAAAGAAGAAAACUAAAAAUACAAAAACCAAAGUAUUAGAGGUUCAACAAAAUCAGAAAAAAAUUGACAAAUAUGUAGUUAGAGCUAAACCAAAGCAAAAAAGAAAAAGUUUCAAAUUAGGCACUUCUGUAAAUGAUGAACUAAAUUUGUCUGGCAUAUUAAAAGAUAUUGUUUCAAGAGAAGUGUCAAACCCUGUACUAUUAAGAGACAGGGGAGUCAAACAUUUAUUAUGA